AUGUCUCGAUCUAUCGACAGUCUAUUCCGCUUGUUCGCCUUCUCUUGGCAGCCCCCUCUGUAUCUCAAUUACAUCGACCCUCGUGCAGUUCUUAAGAAUUUCUUCGAAAUCGGUAAAGCUGAAACAUUUUCUACAAUGUCACCCUCUAUCUACGGAUCCUUCCUUGGCGGUGGACGAGUCCCUAGCUGUAUGCAGGUACAGGCGAGAUCUAAUUCAACCGAGCGAGUAGAUCGAGACUCACUUUGCUCUCCUGGUAUUCUAUUCUCCAAGCGGGUCUUGUACCCAUUGGAUAAUGAGUGGAAUACCAGAUGCGCUAAUGAAGAUCUAUCUUUUUAUGAGAAGAAUCCGGGUCAGGUCUUUGACCAGCUCGGUUCAGCUCUGGAAUCGUAUGUUCUUCAUCAAGGAAGGAUUGCUCAAGUGGUAGAAGGAGCAGGGAAGAGGAGACUGUUUGUAAUAGGAAAAUCAAAGAGCGUCUUCUCAGACCGGUGCAUGAUUGGGGUAUGCGGGUGUUAUCCCACCUACCUGCAGAUAGAUGGGACCUUUAAUCAUUCAGGUCCUAUCCAUCGAUUAAUGCGCAUUGCUCAUCUCAAAUGCUUUUAUUCAUUUGAUUUAAGUUCUGCCACUGAUCGGUGGCCAGUAUCCGUGAUUCAUGACUUAAUGUCAUGCCUCUUCGGACCAACCUUGGCAUCUUCUAUCGUUAAUGGUUGUUUGGCCCUGAACGUGGCGACGUUGGGUCCUCCUUUAAUUAGGGGUCCUCCGCGUCCCAUUUGUUUUGUGGUUGGGCAACCAUUAGGAUAUUCUGCUUCUUGGGCCCUUUUCUCCCUGUCCCAUCACUAUGUGGUGUGGAUGGCGGCAAACCGUGCUGAUCCGAAUAGAAGGUAUCCGUUUACCAGAUACGCUCUCCUCGGUGAUGAUAUCGUCAUCGCGGAUGCGCGUGUUGCGGAUAAGUAUGUAGAGAUUAUCAAUGCUCUUCAGGAUCGAUGGGCUGGUUUCCGAGUUCGGGCCCGUUUGGGUACUCCAUACCUUAGCCAAAGAUAUCGGCCUAUCCUUGCGGUUCUGGACAAGCCACUUAACAUGGCUUCCGAUCCGAACACUGGAAAAGGUUGGCAACCUUUGGAGUUUUUGACUUCACUUCGCUUCGCCAAUACUUCUGACUUCACUGCGAAAAGUUUGUUUGGUCGUCAAUUUCAUCGAUCCACACUGAAUCAAUUAUGUCGUUACGAAAGCAACUUUAGCUUAGUUGGAUGGAAGCUCAGUUUCCAACAAUCCAACAGACAGGAAAGUCCAACAAUAGAUAGACUCGGCGAAGUAACACAAGGAAGUUGGGUCGAUGUAAUUGAGGUUACACCAAAAGAUGCGGUCAAUACAGCCAGAACCACACCUGUAACCCAAGUCAAUUCGCGAGGGUCGAUUACAUUGAGCCGGUUAAUUACAUCAAGCCUUGGAUCUCUCUCUUGGGCGGGACAUCAAAUACAUGUAUCUUUACCGAUUAACCAAUUCCUAAACGCUGGAGUUGAUCCUAAAGAGAUACCACUUCCUCAUUCAUUUAUCUUGAAUCGAGAUCUUUUGGCUCAACUUUCUCCCAGUUUUUCCGAGGGAGCAGCUCCAUUUUUCACCUUGAAUUGGUCAAAAUAUGCGGAAUUUCUUACUUUUCGUGGAGGAUUAGAUCCAGUAACUGGCGGUCUAUGGCUCACCGAUAUUGCACACCAUCAUUUAGCUAUUGCAAUUCUUUUCCUGAUAGCAGGUCACAUGUAUAGGACCAAUUGGGGCAUUGGUCAUGGCUUGAAAGAGAUUUUAGAAGCUCACUUUCUUCCGGGACUUCACUUCGCUUCGAAAAGUUUGUACAGUCGACUCAACUUUGUCGAUCCUCUCCCUAUGGUCGAGCACGAGUUAGCCACGAGGAAGGUAUCGUUCAGUCACCCACUGCGGACGCAGACCCUAAAGGGUUGCUAUUGUCCGAGAUCGAACCGGACACACAGGACGCGCUUCGGACAGGGUUUUAAACAGAGUAAGUUCAGUAGCUACACCAGCUACGAAGCUACUGUUACGAAACUGACUGACCGGGCGAAGCUUUUCUUUUUCACAGUUUUUUUCGGCCGGCUUUACCGCGCGAAGCUACUGUUACGAAGAGAAGUCCCCAGUGCGCCGAGUUCGAAGGGCAACUGCCCGAAGACUGAGCCCCUAACUGAAAGGGCGAAGAUCGGAACUAGACGAUUCCCUCCGCGGAACGUCUAA